CGGCGGUGCCUCAGAGCGAUCGCGCUGGAGCGGCGGAAGGAGCGGAGCGGGCCCGGGGAUCGCGAUAGCGCCGCGAUUGCUCAGCGAUAUCCCCGCCGUAGCCGCACUCGGGAUUAUUGCUCUUGGAAUUUGCCUUCUUCUCCUGAGGAUUACACUUGCACCAUGACCCUGGAGGAGCUGGUGCCUUGCGAUAGCAGCAAGAUGCAGGCGGUGAGCGAGGCGGUGGAGCGGGUGCUGGUGUCGGCUCUGCGGCAGGACCGGCUCACCGUGGGGGUCUACGAGUCGGCCAAGCUCAUGAAUGUGGACCCCGACAGCGUGGUGCUGUGCGUGCUGGCCACCGACGAGGAGGACGAAGGUGACAUCGCCCUGCAGAUCCAUUUCACGCUCAUCCAGGCGUUCUGCUGUGACAAUGACAUCCACAUCCUGCGCGUGUCGGGCAUGCAGCGCCUCGCUGCCAUCCUGGGCGAGCCCGAGCCGGGCUCCGAGCCCCGGGACCUGCACUGCCUGCUGGUCACGAACCCGCACACGGACGCCUGGAAGAGUCAGGGGCUGGCCGAGGUGGCGAGUUACUGCGCCGAGAGUCGCGAUAGGAACCAGUGGGUGCCUUACGUGUGUCUGCAGGAGCGCUGAGCCCUUCCCGGCCUGGACUUGAGGGAUUAAAAAAAAAAAACCCAACAGAAAACAACAGGAAAAAACAAAAAAAAAACCCAAAAAAACAA